AGGUUUCAGCAGUUAACACACCUGCUGGUAGUAUUGCAAAUGGUGCUACUAUCACAAUCACUUGGUCAUAUACUCCGCAAGCGAAUGCAGUUCCAGGCGUUUUAAGUAUUGUCGAUAACACAACCAAAAACACAAUCAUAAUUAGCAGUUCCAUAACUCUCAGUACUCAAUCUUACCAAUGGACGGUCAAUGUUCCCACGGGCACUUAUUACCUUGCUCUCAACGACGGUUCUGGUAAUAAAUAUUCUGGAACUUUCACAGUCUUCCAACCCGCAGGUGCUGCUGGAGCUCCUGCUCCUGCUGCUUCUGGCCCUGCAGCUCCUGUUGCUUCUGGCCCUGCAGCUCCUGCUCCUGCUGCUUCUGGCCCUGCAGCUCCUGCUCCUGCUGCUUCUGGCCCUGCAGCUCCUGCUCCUGCUGCUUCUGGCUCUGCAGCUCCUGCUCCUGCUGCUACAGCUGCUCCAGCUCUUCCAACUAUUACAGCUGCUCCAGUUUCAUCCAAGGCUUCAGAACAAUCAUCUUCAUCUAAUGUUGGAAUUUAUAUUGGUAUUGCUAUAGGUGGUAUUGUAGUUGGUGCAAUCCUUUCUUUUGUUGGAUAUCGUGUAUAUAAAAAACAUCAAGAUUCAAAAUUUAUUCCAACGCCUAGUAGUGCUGAUCUAUAA